AACGCAGUGAAGAGGACACUUUCCCACCGAACCAGAAACAACACGAGAAAAACAACACUUGCUUGCUUGCACGUUCUCGUGCACUGGCCCAUUGUCCUUCUCUCUCUUCUUCUUCUUCUUAUUCUUCUUCUUCUCCUCCUCGAGCUUGCACCAUUCACUUUGUUAUACCCUUUCCCUUUUUCUCCGCUGUUUGGUUAAGAACCACCCUUUCUUUUUUUCUGAAAACAACAAGGAUUGUUGUACUGAAUCUUGUUCAGCUCAUCUGCAUAACUCUUCUCCUGUCUCAUGGCCAAUGAAAGUGUUGAAUUACCAGUGACAGCAGAAGUAACUAAGUCAUGUAGGGUUGGAAAAAAAGGGUACUCUACUGGCAAAGCUAGUUCUGGAAAUAGUGAUGAAAAAAUUGAGCCCCAUUAUCUCAGAGCUUCCACUGGGUCCUGUCAUGAUUUUUGCAAAUAUGGGAGGAAGCAUACAUUUGAGGAGAAGGAAAGACGUUCUAUACCUAAUCGAGCUGUAAGAAAACAGCUUCACCAAAGUUCAGAAGAGAGUAUUGGUGGGAAAAUGACGUCAGUUGCCAGGCUCACUGCAUCAGUUGAUUCCGCGCCAACAAAGAAGAUGUCAAUGGUCAAACUCAGAGAAUCAGUUGAUUCCAAGACCCGGAUUUCUGAUACCUCUGACGCCACCGGUAAAGGUGAACUGCCAACAAAAUCAUUUGACAGCCAAAAACAAAUGAGGAAUGAAGUUGUGGUAAACAGGAAGAAAGCACCAUUUGUCAAGGUGAAAUCAACCCUCCCUUUGAAGUCAGAUACAUCUCCAUUGAAGAGACAAGAAAUUUCAUCAACUCCCAAGAAGGUGGAAUCUCCAUCAAAAUCAACUUCCAGGAAGGUGGAGUCUCCAUCAAGAUCAACUCCCAAGAGGGUGGAAACUCCAUCAAAAUCAACUUCUCAGAAGGUAGAUAUGCCAUCAAAAUCAACUUCGCAGUUCAAAACAACUUCAAAAUCAACUUCCAAGAUGGUGGAAACUUCAUCACAGUUAUCUUCUUCAAAAGGUAAAGUAAUGAAGUUGUCUGAAAAACGGGUGACUUCCUUAAAUCCAAAUGAUGUAACAAGGAAGCAAAAAUCUUCUAUGAAUUCCUCUGAAGGCUUUGGUGGCCAAAGAAAUAGUGAGAUCAGGAUGGAAAAGGGGGCAGCCUCCUCCAAAAUAGCUUCAAGAAAAUUGAUGGCACCUUUAAGGGCUUUAUCGUCCCCUAAACCUUCUCUUAAAAGAGUUGCAAGUAUAAAUUCAAGGAAGCAUAAGAGCCUGAAAAUUGUGUCUCCUCUUAAGAAUCAGCAGACUGCCAGAAAAGUUGAACUCAAGGAACACAACAAUAAUGAGGUAGAGGAAAAAACUUUGUAUGUCAUCACGAUGGAAAGUGAAAACAAAACUUUGCAGUCUGAUCAAAAUGCAGGCUGUGAUGAUGAAUCAUACCUCCCUCAGUUGUCAUCACCUAAGUCUUCAUUAUCUUCAAUUUCUCAAUCCUUAUCCCAAGAAGACCAAGAGGAAUCUCAAUAUACAACUAGUGAAUUUGAGCAGGAUUCGUUUUCAGGUAGCCAUGAAAUUGAAUACAUGGAAAAUGGGGAUAUGUUGGAAGUUGAGAAGAAAGGCAAGCUUAGAAAGGAUGGGGUUGUAUGUUCUGAAGACAAGAACAGCCAAAUGAUGAAAUUAAAGUUCAGAAGGGGAAAAGUGAUUGAAAAUGAAAUUGAGAAAAAUAGUCCCAGGAGGCUUAAAUUUCGGAGAGGAAAAGUGUUGGGGCAGAAAGCAAAUGUUAAGACUUAUGCCCAAAGGAAAAGCUUUAAAAGAAGAGAUGGAACUUGUGCUGACAGCAAUGAUGCUACAACUGGUCCAGAGAAGGUUGUUUUGAGACAUCAAGAUAUGCAGGACAAGAAAGAUGCACAGGGAUUGUUUAAUAAUGUAAUUGAGGAAACAGCAAGUAAACUAGUUGAAACUCGGAAGAGCAAGGUCAAAGCAUUGGUUGGUGCCUUUGAAACUGUAAUCUCUCUCCAAGAGAAAAAACCACCUGCAGACACUGUCAGAUGAUGGAAUCUGGAUAAACAUUUUCUAGCUUUUCAUUUUUGUAAAGAAAUGUUAGGAAAAUAAACACUGUCUGAAGGUACUUCAGAAAGUAGAGGUAGAUUUGCCUUGAGUUGUCUUUAGAAAGCUCUGCAUGUAGAGUUGAAAGGUGGAUUUUGUGUUCGGAACUUAUCUUUACUUGCACCAUAUAUACUUUUUGCAUAACAUACUUCUCUUUCUGUUUUGGAAAUCCAUACUUACUGUGAUUGAUUUGUAUGUCUUGAAUAAAGCAUAAAACAGUGACU